AUGUGGCGGACAUGGAAGCAUUUCCUCCUCUUUGCAGUACUGCAGUUUGGUGGUUUUGCUCUCAAUCUUACGCUCCUUGUUCAUGCCCAGGAUCAAUCAGGCUUCAUUAGCAUCGACUGCGGCCUAGCAACAAAUUCUAGCUAUACUGAAAAGGAAACAGGCAUUAACUAUAUUUCAGAUGAAAGCUUCAUUGAAACCAAUGAAAGUAAGGUUGUUAUAUUGACUGAUCAACAAAAUAAGAUGCAGCCAUACUGGUCUCUUAGGGUUUUUCCUCAAGGCACUCGGAACUGCUACAAAAUAAACGUUACAAGGGGUACCAAAUAUUUGAUCCGAGCAAGUUUCUUAUAUGGGAAUUAUGACGACCAGUAUAGAUUGCCAGAAUUCCAACUGCAUCUUGGGCCUAAUUUGUGGGAUUCAGUGAAGUUCGAGAGUGCGUCCACCGUCGCAAACAAAGAGCUCAUACAUGUCCCUCUGCUAAACUAUAUACAUGUUUGUUUGGUGGACACAAACAAAGGGGUUCCAUUUAUAUCAGCAAUAGAGCUAAGGACUUUGCCUAAUACAAUUUAUCAAGCACAGGAAGGGUCCUUGGCACUUGAUUCGCGGUAUGACACGGGUCAAACAGCGAAUUUGAAGCAAUUGUAUAGGUAUCCAGACGAUAUAUAUGAUCGCUUCUGGUAUGGCUAUGACCGCGAUGAGUGGACACAAUUAAACACCUCGUCUUCAAUUAACACUAACAAUACUUACCAACCACCAUCUGUCGUGCUGGCUACUGCUGCCACGCCAAAAAAUGUAGAUGAUUCCGUGAAUAUUUUCUGGCUCCCUUCCGAUAACACUGCAAAAUAUUAUGUUUACAUGCACUUUGCAGAAGUUGAAAAGCUCCAAGGCAACGAGUCUCGACAGUUUAACAUUACUAGGAACGGAGAGCUCUAUUCUGGGCUAUUUGCUCCUAAGUACUUGUCUGUAAGUACGAUUUUUAGCCUGUCGGAUUGGAGCAGAGGACAAUAUAUUACUCUUUCAAUCAUUAAGGCUGGGAACUCUACCCUCCCACCGAUCCUCAAUGCUUUCGAGACCUAUAUGGUCAAAGACUUCGCAGAACCAGAAACAAACCAACAAGAUGUUAAUGCAAUCACAAACAUCAAGUCAUCACAUAGCAUCAAAAGGAAUUGGCAAGGAGAUCCAUGCAGCCCUCAAGUUUACUCAUGGGAAGGUGUAAAUUGUACUUAUUAUGAAAAUAAUGGCCAGCAGCCAAGAAUAACAUCCUUGAACUUGUCCUCAAGUGGAUUAACAGGGGAGAUAUCUCCAAGUAUAUUCAAUCUCACCAUGAUACAAACUUUGGAUUUAUCAAACAACAAAUUAACGGGAUCAAUUCCAGAAUUUCUGUCUCACCUGCCAAAGUUAACCGUCUUAAAGUUGGACAAAAACAAUCUCACAGGUUCUGUUCCGAAAGGACUCAUUCAAAGAAGGAAGGAUGCUUUGCUAUCAUUCAGUUUCUGCGAAAAUCCAAAUCUAUCCCAACAAGUCCCUUGCGAACUAAAGAAGAAACACCAGAUGAUGAAUUUCAAUAAAAAUGAAUUUUUGGAGUCACAAGGUCAACGGUUUACAUACUCAGAGAUUGUGAAGAUUACCAAUAAUUUUGCAUCAAUAAUCGGAAGAGGCGGUUUUGGAAAAGUGUACCUUGGUACUCUGAAAAAUGAGACUCAAGUUGCCGUGAAGUUACUCGGUUCAUCAAGGCAAGGCUCAAAUGAAUUUCGAAAUGAGGUUAUACUUUUGAUGAGUGCUCAUCAUAGGAACUUGGUUUCUCUCAUUGGUUACUGCGAUGAAGGUGACACUAUGGCCCUUGUUUAUGACUACGUAGCCAAUGGAAACUUGGAACAACAUAUUUCAUCUGGUAAAAACGUUUUGACUUGGAAAGAGAGGCUUCAAAUUGCAGUAGAUGCCGCACGAGGACUGGAAUAUUUACACAAUGGUUGCAAGCCACCUAUUGUGCAUAGAGAUCUAAAGACAUCCAAUAUCUUAUUGAAUGAAAAGUUGCAAGCUAAGAUAGCUGAUUUUGGUCUGUCUAAAGGUCUUGCAACUGAAAGUGUCACUCAUGUAUCAACAGCGGCCAAAGGAACAUUUGGAUACCUGGAUCCUGAAUAUUGCAGCACUGGACAACUUAACAAAAAGAGUGACAUAUACAGCUUUGGGAUUGUGUUGCUAGAGCUCAUAACAGGUAGAGCAGCAAUAAUAAGAGAUUUAGAACAAUUGCCUAUUCACAUAUGUCAAUGGGUGAGGCCUAAAUUUGAGAGGAUGGAAAUCGAAAGCAUUGUGGAUUCAAGAAUACAAGGAACCUACCUCCAUUCUUCUGCUCAAAAAGCCAUAGAAAUUGCCAUGGCAUGUGUGUCUUCAACAGCAAUCCAAAGGCCCGAUAUAACUGUUGUGUUUAAUGAUUUGAAAGAGUGUUUGGAAAUUGAGAUGCCUUCUGAAAUAACAAAGAUUACAGAAGCUUAUGAGAGCGAUACUGAUGAUAUAAUCAGUUCAAGCGGCUCAAUUAUAAAGACCUCCCACAUCAGGUCUGAAACUGAAAGUAACACUAUUAGUUGGUAA